CCCCGACGUUCCCAAAACGGCAACUCUAGUUCGUCGAUCUGGGUAUUGACGUUUCUCUUACAGGACCGGCGAUGGUUGCAGGUGCUGAGGGCGGGUGGCUGUCAGCAAGAAAAACCACGGUUUGCAGAACACCAUGUCUUCGAGGGAAGUCACGCUAUACCACCCGCUGGUGCUUCUGUACGGGUUCGGGACGUCGCUCACGAUCCUCGGCAGCUAUUCGCUGUACGCACGAUACUUCAAACGAAUCAAGCGGGCGGCCGACAUCCCGGCAGCGUUCUUCCGCAAACGUUUUCUCUAUGGGAAAGUCACCUCUGUCGGAGACGGCGACAAUUUCCAUUUCUACCACCUACCCGGCGGGGUGCUUGGCGGCUGGGGAUGGCUGCGCAGGGUGCCCGAGAUCAACAGGUUCCGGGAACUGAAGGGCGAAACGAUCUCCGUGAGGGUCUGCGGAGCGGACGCACCUGAGAGGGCUCAUUUUGGAAGACCGGCACAACCUUUCAGCGAUGAGGCGUUGGCGUGGUUGCGUCGAUACGUGUUGGGCCGCUGGCUCUACGUGAAGCCGUUGCACCUGGACCAAUACCAGCGGGUCGUGGCAAAGGUGCUGGUGCUGAAGUGGACCGGAUUCAAGGACGUGAGCGAGGAGAUGAUAAAGGCCGGCCUGGCGACGGUGUAUGAGGCGAAGGCCGGCGCCGAGUUCGACGGUAAAGAGGCCGUGUACUGGAGACAGCAGGAACGGGCACAGCACAAGAAGCUCGGCAUGUGGAGCAUCAACAAGAAGGACUUCCUCACCCCGCGGGAGUACAAGAACAAGUACGGCUAGCACCCCUAUGUUUAUAUUUAUGU